AUGGACUCCCUCUACUACCGCAACUCGCGGGUGCGCGAGCGCAGCCCUCUCUUCAACGACAACGAGGACUUUUACUCUUCGCGGCGUCUCGUCCGAACCAACUCCAAGCGCGCACGCGCAGAUCUUUACGAUGACGACGAGUACGACGACUAUCCAUACUCCCACAAUCAGGCGAAGCCCUCGCGCGCUUUGACGAUCCGCCAGCCUUCCCAGCUCGAAAAAUACAACGUCUGGUCGCGGCCCUCGUCUUCGUCGCCAAAGCACACAUCCUCAAGAUACUACAAAGCGUCCGAAGACGAAGACGACGACCGUACCGUGCGCUACAAAUACACGACAACGCGGCACUCGCCAGGUGCGCACUCACAAUCCCGUUCCGACGAAGAGAACGACCGCGAGCGCGAGUUCCGGCUCAAGGUUAAGGCAACGUUCAGUCGACCCAAGUCGAGCCAUUCGUCUGAGCGCAAAGCUAUGGCGUGGUCGGGUGACAUGUUCCGCCGGAAGGAGAAGUGGGUGGAUGAAGACUGGGAGACUAGAGAGCGCUCGAGGAGGGAUUCUAUCUUUGAUGAGGAGCCGAUGAAGGAGAAGACCGUGAGGUUUCACCGGGUGAAGAGGACGAGGACAGAUGAGUGGAAGCCGUUGAGUGGGUUCAGGCGGUAG